AUGUCGGUGGAAGAUUACAGCGCCGCCCGACGGGGGAUCCUCCAGGAUGUUGCCAACGACUCGACCGCAGCUACGCAACCAGUUUCAGCACACGAAGAGGAGCCUUUCGAUUUUAAGGUUGAUCUGGUAGACAUUCGCGAGAAAGAACAAUGGGGAGAUACGCCAUUGAUCACCCUGACCCCCAACCGACAUCAAGCUAAAUCUAGCGUCGCAGCCCGAUAUGAGGACUACAUCCUGGUUCUGCGGAGAAGAUUUAACAUGUCGGGCGAACGACAAUCGACAGAUCUUGAAGUUCGAUCACCCCAGAUACUCAGGGCCUUCCGCAUUGUCUUGGGAGAUCAUCCCUCGAUGAACUUCGAUUCUGAUUUCGUCGCCAUCUCCAAGCCGUACGCACCACUGUUUCAUUACCGCAAGGAACUUCGAAGCUAUGCUUCCGACAAAUCGAGGACAGUGGUCGAGAAAGAGCACUUGGAUGUGCUAAUCAAGUUUAUGGACAAGAACCUGUCGCAGACCGAACGUGAUUACGGACAUUCUGAACCCUACCAAAUGGUCUCUUAUCCUCUGCUCUGGACACUUUUCAGGCCGGAAGAGGUGAUUAUCGCUCAAGGCGAUCACUUCGACGAGUGCUACACUGUUGACACUUGCGAAUACGUGCCAGAAGUGCGCCAAGGCACCGACGACGACCUGACGCCGUAUUUCAAGAUUGAGGCUAAAAGAUGGGACUAUAAUGGCACACGUUUCGGAAGGAAGUGGAGAGAAAUCUUGGAGAAGACUCACAUGCAUUACACUGCAGCAUUGGCUUGGUCGGAGCCUCCUCAUGAGCGCAUCGUCCAUGUCGACAAACUAGUACCAGGCCAUGUUUCAGGACGGAUCAUGUUAGACUACGAGACACACGCACAAGCUACACCCCGUCUUGCCACCUUUCUUUCGACGUCGGGCGCAACAAUGGAAUACAAUUAUAAAUACACAGUCAACAAAGACUACGACAUGAUCGGGGAUCAAAGUAUGGCGCGCAAGGCCAGUGAUAAAGAAGACAGAUUCAUGUCUCACCUCAACACCCCGGCUUACAAAAUCUCUGAUGACCAAGCCCUUCUCACCCCUGCUAGAGUAAGAGGAUACUCAUUUGUAGAAAAGAUAUGGGCUUUCUUCUUGGUCGAUGAAGUACGGGAUAUUGAAUGGCAUCCAAAUGCAUUUGAGAGCCUCGAACUGGAUGUUAGAAUGAAGACUGCAAUCCUCGCGAUGGUUUCGGCACAUCAAAACCAAGAUGACUUCGAUGUAAGCUAUACCCAAUCUGGCGUGUCCAAAUCGAUGCUGAAUUACCAGGAUAUCGUACCGGGCAAGGGCAAGGGUCUUGUCUUCCUCCUUUAUGGCAAGCCGGGACUCGGCAAGACUCUGACAGCAGAGGCUGUCGCUGAGCACAUUCAGUGUCCGAUGUACUCCAUAACCAGUGGCGAGUUGGGUACAGACAUCGAGCAGACGGAUGUCCAACUUCGUACCAUAUUCACUCGAGCAAAGGCGUGGGACGCCAUAAUAUUGCUCGAUGAAGCAGACGUGUUCCUGGCUAAAAGGACCGCAACCGAUCUCAAGCGAAACGCUUAUGUUUCAGUGUUCCUUCGCCUCAUCGAAUAUUACAAAGGCACCAUGUUCCUGACAACGAACCGUCUCGAAGACUUUGACACGGCAUUUGAAUCUCGGAUUCAUCUGACUAUCCGAUACGAAGCGCUCGAUAGCAUCCGUCGUACUAACAUCUGGAGAAACUUCCUGAAUAAAGUCGGCUCUGGACGUUGGGACGAGGCGACUUUGUCGCGUCUCGGGACAGAGUACGAACUCAACGGUCGCGAGAUCAAGAACCUCCUCAGGACUGCUCUUGCAAUCUCAAAAUACGAGAAAGAGGAGCUCUCGGAGGCGCUUAUUCGGAGAGUGUUAGACCUUUCAAGGGAGCAUCUGCUUGGGAACGGUUCUUAG